AUGACCGCGAUACCGACUGAUGACGUUGAGGUGCAGAAACCGCAGACUUCCCCAAGUAAUGACCCCACUGCGCCACAGCACCAGCAAGCACUGCAGAUCCACCAACCUUCGCAGGAAACCACUCACAAACCGCAACAUGAGAACCAACAGCCAAAACGCUGGAGAAUCUGGCACAAGUGGGCUGAUGGCUCAGAGACGAGUUGGUGGUUUGCUUCUACCGGCAUCCCCCUCCUUGCUGCAACACUCGGCCCCUUGGCAAACGUCUCGUCAAUCGCUGCCCUAGUCACUAGCUGGCGACAGAACAACUACUUGGAUGGCCAGUUCGUCUCCGAUCUCUUCGGCGUGCCCUACGCAGACCCGAGGUGGUGCUAUUGGCUCAACGUCGUCUCGUUGAUCUGCGGCUUUCUCGGCAACGUCUUCCUGCUCUGCAACUUCACGCAGAAGAUCCGCUAUAUCGUCGCGCUACCUGCCACGAUUCUCUUCUGGUACAUCAGCUCCGGACUUCUGACGGCCAUCACGGCUAGUAUGGAGAUCUAUGCUCCGCCGAACAGGCCCUACGAGAUCUACACACAGGGAUAUUGGUAUGCGGUCGCUGCCGCUGUCUUUUACUUUGUCUGUUCGGUGCUGCUGAUGGUCAACAUGCUCGGCUACUACCUAGGACACUACCCGGACCAUUUCGCUCUGAGCGACAGUCAGCGCACACUUAUCCUACAAACAAUGUUCUUCUUCGUCUGGAUCGCCGGAGGUGCAGCCAUGUACUCCAAGAUCCAGACUGAUGCUGGAGACGAUCAGUGGACAUUUCCAAACUCACUCUACUUCUGCUAUGUGACGAUUCUGACUGUUGGUUUUGGAGAUUUAGUCGCCACCACCGAUCUGGGCAGAGGACUUCUCUUCCCCUACGCUGUGGGAGGCAUCAUAACGCUGGGUUUGAUAGUCGCCUCGCUGUAUCGCGCUGCGCGAGAAUUGGGUGAAAACCAUAUUGUCCAAAAAGACAUCAGACGCAGACGCGAGCAUGCACUUGAACUGACAGUGGCCAACUCCUAUGAAUACAGGGACCGCGAGCGCCAGCUCGUACGCAAGGGCACACUUGGCAGGCUGAAGAUUAGUGGCCCUUCCGCUCCAAGACCCUACCGUACGCCAAUGGGGACCAACGGGCAGCCUAACCCUUCCUUCCCGCUCAAGCUAGGGGUGCCGCUCGUGAUGAACCAAAAGCCGCGUCUGUUGCUGCUCAAGGAAGAGAAAGACCGCUUCGAUGCAAUGCGCAGGAUCCAAGCUGAUAGUAAGAGGUUCAAGAAGUGGAUGAAUCUGAUUUGGUCGGUCACUACCUUCCUGAUCCUCUGGUGUGUUGGUGCGGUCGUCUUCUGGCAGACAGAGCAAGAGACUCAAGGCAUGACCUACUUCCAAGCCUUGUACUUCUGCUACAUCUCGCUGCUAACAAUAGGCUACGGAGAUCUGUCACCAAAAUCCAAUCCAGGUCGCUGCUUCUUUGUCAUCUGGAGUCUAAUUUCUGUACCUACGAUGACUAUCCUGGUCUCUGACUUGAGCGACACGGUGGUUGCAAAGUUUAAAAAGUGGAGCAGCACAGUCGCAGACUUCACGCUGCUACCCAAGCGAGGCAUCUGGCAGCCUUUCGUGGCCAAGAAUCCGUGGCUGCAACAGCGCAUCGAGGACCGCAAAGCAAGACGCCGCAUCAGAGAAGGCUUCGCCACGGCCGACCCCGACUCCGGAAGCGCAAACAACGAUGAUGACGAUGAUGACGACGCUGCAGCAGCCGCCGACACACAGCAAGCCACAGCCCCCACGCUGCCAAACCUGGCCGCCGAAGCAGAAAACGACCUUACACAAGCACCUUCUCAAGCCUCUCUCUCCCGCCGCAUCGCCCUCAGCAUCAAGAAAGUAUCCUUUGAUCUCCGUCUCGCGACACCAAAACGCUACACCUAUGAAGAAUGGGUCGAAUUCACUCGCUUGAUCAGAUACACGACACCGCGCCGCCUUAAUCGGGCGCUUGGAACGACCAUGACUGCAGAGACCGAGGACGACGAAGGGCUGGUUAACUGGGAUUGGCUCGGCGAACACAGCCCCAUGGUUUCCGGCGUUAGCGAAAGCGAGUGGCUGCUCGAGCGGCUCGUCGAGAGCUUGAUCCGGUUGGAGAAGCGGCGGGAGGUUGCCUGCGAUCACGGGGACAUCAAGAAGAUCCGUGACAUGGAGGUCCGGCCGCAGGUGCGAGCUCAUGAUGCAGAUGAUGCGUUUUCGAGCUGA